CUCAGAACAUGGUCGUGAGCUAUUUUGUUGUUUUCUAUCAGUUUCUCCCACAUGAUUUUGGAAAGGCUGAAGAUGACAGCAUUUAAAGUACUCCUAAUUUUCGGGUUGUAUCAAGUAUCUCUUGGAGAUCAGCUGAAAAGUGACAUUGUAGGUGGACACAAUGCAGACCAGAAUCAUUGGCCUUGGAUGGUUGCCAUGUUUGUGAAAGACCAGAACCCACACAAUGCCGGAGACACCAAGGCUAACUUUAGAUGUGGAGGUUCUCUCAUUCAUCGUCAGUGGGUUCUGACUGCAGCACACUGUGUCCAGUGCCUUGAUCCAAAACUAAUCCGGGUGCAUGUUGGCAUAUAUAAGAGAGAUGACCCCAGCAAUGAAAGGGAAGUGAAAUACUUCAUUCAACAUGAGGCGUAUGCUCACGGCAUACAGAGGAAUGACAUCGCCCUCCUCAGGCUCUCUCAGCCUGUGGAAACAAACCAGCUGGUCAGCCUCUCCAAAGCCUCUGAUGUUUUCUCCUCCGACGCCAAGUGCCGUGUUGCUGGCUGGGGCAACACAAAGCAGGGUGUUCCACUGAAGAAACCAGGAAUGCUACAGGAGCUGGCAGUCCCCCUUGUCAAAACUCAGACGUGCAAAGAAUUUUACAAAGAUUCUCUGACUGUUUUUGAUGACAGCGUUUUCUGUGCUGGGUUUGGAAAAACCCAAAACCAACAAUUAUCUGGAACUUGUCAGGGAGACUCAGGGGGUCCUCUGAUGUGCACAACCAACAAUAAAAAUAGGCCCUGGGUACAGCUUGGCAUUGUAAACCAAGCAGACGGCUGUGGUGAAAAACCUACGAUUUUGGCCAGUGUUACCUACUACCGACGCUGGAUCGCCGAGAAAAUGGGGGAGGCGCAGUAGAAGAGUGGCCCCCGGACCAAUGAUGGCUUGGUGCGCAAAACUACUCCGAUUUUUCACCCCCGCUCCACGCAAAUUGUCAUUAACAUCCAUGUAAUGCAUUUCCAUAUGGCUUACGCUAAACAAUAAGCACUGUGCAUCUAUUUUUGAAAUAAAGAGCAUUUAAUAAACUUGA